GGCGGAUCGAUUCCUUGGGGGGCAGUUCGAGUUAUAUUUUGACAGCUGUGUAUUUUCCGAAUUUUCAUUUUAGUCUUGUUGAUAUUUCACAUAUUUUUCAUGGCAGCUUAUCGUGAAAAAAUAAAUGAGCUUCAGGAGCUAUUGAAAGAAGACAACAUAGAUUUCAAGUUGUUUAGAAAGCAAUGUUUUCGAGGUGUCCCAGAUGACAGUGGUUUACGACCACUAUGUUGGAAACUCUUACUUAAUUACCUUCCACCUAACCGUAAACAGUGGAAAGAAGUCUUACGAAGCAAGAGAGAACUCUACAAACAAUUUAUAGAUGAAAUGGUAGUUGCACCUAAAGAUGGAAGGACAGAUUGUCCCAGAAUUGAUGUUACUAUGGAUGAUCACCCACUCAGCAUUAACCCUGAUAGUAAAUGGCAGACCUUCUUUAAGGACAAUGAAGUUCUUCUACAGAUCGACAAAGAUGUCAGGAGGCUUUGCCCUGAUAUUUCAUUCUUUCAACAAGCAACCGAUUUCCCAUGCCAGGAAAUUGUAGGAGGACCAGAUUCAGAUUCCAUUCGGCUUCAUAAUCGAGUACAAUAUACAGCUCUUAGUGCGGGCAACGUCGAGCGCAGAGGAAUCGGAAUGAAUAAGGUGUCUUAUACAGUCAGAAAAGCCCAAGAAGAUUACGCGGUUUUGUCUUCUGGCCAAGAGGCUCAUUGGGAAGUUGUCGAGCGAAUUUUGUUCAUCUACGCAAAACUGAAUCCGGGCCAAAGUUACGUUCAAGGAAUGAAUGAAAUCAUCGGCCCGAUUUAUUAUCUCUUUGCUACUGACGCCGAUAGUGACUGGAGGGAAUAUGCUGAAGCCGACACAUUUUUCUGUUUCACCGGUUUGAUGUCUGAGAUUAGAGAUUUCUUCAUUAAAACUCUUGACGAGAGUGAAAUGGGCAUAAACGGCCUGAUGAACCGCCUGAUGCGGAAGCUGAAAGAGUGCGAUCCCCAGGUCUGGAAUCGGCUGAAAAACCAAGAAUUAGAACCUCCAUUUUAUUCUUUUCGGUGGCUGACUCUUUUAUUGUCUCAAGAAUUCGAAUUGCCCGAUAUUUUGCGGAUAUGGGAUUCCCUUUUUGCUGAUGAGAACCGAUUCGAAUUUCUCAUCUACGUUUGCACUGCUAUGAUUGUGCUUUUGAGAGAGAAUCUUUUAUCGGGAGAUUUCCCUUGCAACUUGAAACUUCUACAGAAUUUCCCGUCCAUGGAUGUCCACAUCGUGUUGGACUGCGCCGUACAGCUGGCGCUAAGCUGUUCCCUCUCGUCAUGAGCCUCUCGUCACGUGGCUAUUUAAAUCUGGAUUUUCCCUCUUCGUCAUCUUCCACAUUAUCUGAUAUAUAUAUAUAUUGCCAUUCAACUUUUUCAGUUGUUUAUUACUCUUAAUCCCGUUGCCUGAUAUCUUUUGUUGUGUGUCGUCUGUGAUUUUCGCCGAGCUUUGCGCUCGCGCUCUGCUACAGCAGAAUGGACCAUGUCUGUUGUAACUUACUCUUUCUUGCCUUUCCAUCGUCAUACACAUCAUUUUGAUCGCAGAAAGA